CACGUGACAGGCAUUGCAGCCGAUCGGCGCUCGAACAGGAACUUAACAUCUGAGACGAUGGAACGUCGUGUUACCUAUGCCGUGGUGUCGUUGAUGUUGGUGUCGACAGUCAGCAGCACUUGUCCAUGCAGCGACCCGGAAUGGUGUAAACCGAUCACCAACACAACACGCAAAGAAGUGUUCAUGUUUUCCCUGCAUGACAAGGCAAGCAGCUGGAGCAGGUUUGACUGGACGAGGGUCACCACGGUGGUCAUGGUGGGCUAUGUCAGCCCGGACCUCAUGUGCUUCGCCCACCAGCAUAAUGCCAGAGUGGUCAUCAUAGCUAACUACCAAACAGCAGACCUCACCAACUCAAGCAAGAGACAAGCUUGGGUCACUCAGCAACUGGCGACUGUCCAAGACAACUACCUGGACGGCAUCAACAUCGACUUCGAGAGUCCCAUACCGAAGGACCAGGUGGACGUCCGUGACGGAUACACAAGCCUCGUCAGGGAGACAUACCAGGCCUUCAAAUCAGCCUUGCCUUACUCUCAGGUGACAGUGGAUGUUGCAUGGAGCCCAGCGUGUAUCGACCUUCGUUGCUAUGACUACAAAGGCUUAGCCCAGUACACAGACUUUCUGUUUGUCAUGUCUUAUGAUGAACAGAGUCAGAUCCAGGGAGAAUGUAUUGCCAAGGCCAACUCAGGCUUUGCCAAAACCUUGACAGGUUUACAGGGUUACCUGAAGAUUGUGGAAAUCCCGCCAUCACAGCUGGUUCUCGGGAUGCCAUGGUACGGCUACCGGUACCCAUGUCUUCAGCUCACACAGGAUGACAAGUGUUUCAUCAAACAUGUUCCAUUCCGAGGGGUCAACUGCAGCGAUGCCGCAGGCACACAGCGAGACUUCAGUGCAGUCUACCCCCUCCUGCAGAGCUCUGGGGCAAAGAGGAUCUGGGACAAUGUGACUCAAACUCCACACUUCACUUACAAGGAUCCGUCCACAGGGAUCAUGUACCAGUACCAGUAUGAUGAUCCAGAGAGCAUCUCCAUCAAGUGUCAGAUGGCGGAGACACUUGGUUUACGCGGUGUUGGGAUAUGGAACGCUGACUCAGUGGAUUACAGCAACACAACGGAAGCGAACAAGGUCAGGCAGUGGAUGUGGGGAUCACUGCCUCAAGGCCCCAGCUGGUAGAUUGUGUUUUAUGUGAGCUGCAAACUCUCGAGUGACAUUAAGUUGGAAAGUUCUGCUUGAAGUUAUGUUUCAGAUGUUUUAGUAUUGUGUGUGAUUAUGGACGCCUGUUUGUAUGUUUCACUGUCAUGUAUCUGGAGCCAGGAAAUGUUUUCAGUCAAUCUGUUGUCAAAGUUAGGGAUGAAGCCAUAACCUAGAAGCAAAUACUCGCUUAUCCAGACUCUUGCAUUUUCCCACGUUUUGUCCAGAUAAACAAACUUCUGGAUACCUGAAUCUUGUCAGUUACUUCCCUGACCCAAAUUCUGAAGCGAAAGAACCCAAACUCUAUGAUAUUAUGUGAAAGAUUAUUCAAGUAUUUUGAAUCGAAUCAAAAUCUACAUGGUCAAAUAUAGUGUAAUGUACCAA